ACUACAUAAUCUUAGUUACCUCCAAAAAAUGACACCCUUCAAAAGCCUUUUUGUUUUCUCCCUCCUUCUGGCUCUUAGCUUCACUUUUAGUGAAGCAGCCACGUUUGAGAUAACCAACAAAUGCUCCUACACGGUGUGGCCGGCCUCCUUGCCUACCGGUGGUGGCCAGCAGCUGAAUCCCGGUGAGACGUGGUCCCUUCAGGUGGCACCCGGCACCGCCAACGCUCGGAUAUGGGGUCGAACUGGCUGCAACUUCGACGGGUCGGGUCAUGGACAUUGUGACACAGGCGAUUGUGGAGGUGUGCUCCAAUGCCAACUCUCUGGGGCACCACCAGCUACACUUGCAGAAUUCUCCCUUAACCAGCCCAACAAUUUGGACUUUUACGAUAUCUCAGUGAUUGAUGGUUUCAAUAUUCCCAUGGAGUUCAGCCCAACCUCUAAUGGCUGUAGCCUUUCCCUUCAAUGUCCUGCUGAUAAGUGCCCGGAUGCUUACCUUUAUCCUGCCGACAAUUCCAAGAAUCAUAGUUGUCCAGGAGGAACCAACUACAAGAUUGUCUUCUGCCCAUGAAUAAGCAGUUAUAUUAGUUAGUUGCGCCUUGUUUUCUUAUAAUUCCUACCUAUUAAUAAAGAACUGUGUAAUAAGACGCCAUGCAUUCUCUGCAUGUCUACCUUAUCUGUGUACUCGUAUUCCUAAGGUAUAAAUAAAUUCUCAACCUUGAAUUUUA